AUGAAAUUGGUGGUUGAAUGCAACGCUUUUGAGAAAUGCAUGCUUGGCUCGGGCCCAAUUGGUAAGGUUGGCAACACAGAAAGAGUUAAGCCGAUGACAGAUACGGACAAGCCGUCCACUUCCACAAGCAACUCAAACCCUAUGAGCUCGGCCCUCCCGCAUCCACUCCCUGACCCGUCAAAGGCUGGGCCUCGGACUUCUUUAACUAUGCUUCCGGGAUCCUCUUCCCCACCGCCGAUUCAAAUUGUGAAGGGGCAGAACGGAACAACGAUGCAGAUUGUGACAGUGGCGUCCGCCGACAAAGAUUCCAUCCGCCAGGGUGAUUCGUCUAUGCCAUCAACUGCGGCAAGGAUAAAGCAGACCAAGCCCCCCAAAAAUCGACAAAAAAAGGAUCUCGCAUCAAACACAACCCCUGCAGAUCCCUCCAAGUCUGGUCGCCCUUGA